AUGGGGGUGGGGGGGGGGGGGGGGGGGGGGGGGGGGGGGGGGGGGGGGGGGGGGGGGGGGGGGGGGGGGGGGGGGGGGGGGGGGGGGGGGGGGGGGGGGGGGGGGGGGGGAGGGGGGGGGGGGGGGGGGGGGGGGGGGGGGGGGGGGGGGGGGGGGGGGGGGGGGGGGGGGGGGGGGGGGGGGGGGGGGGGAGGAGGAGAGGGUCCUUUAUCCCUGAUGCUCUUCAAACAAGACCUGGUCACAGAGGUGGGAGGAAUAUCAAGUGACUUCCUGGAUGUUAGUGGCAGAUGGGUGUCAGGGAAGACCUGUGAACUCAGAUUCUUCCUAAAGUUCUUCCUCAAGUGUAAUCAGAACUGUCUGAAGAAUGCAGGGAAUCCUCGAGACAUGCGCAGAUUCCAGGUGGUCGUAUCGACGACUGUCAAUGUGGACGGCCACGUCUUGGCUGUCUCAGACAACAUGUUUGUACACAACAAUUCUAAGCACGGGCGAAGGGCUCGCAGACUCGACCCUUCAGAAGCAGCCACCCCGUGCAUCAAGGCCAUCAGCCCCAGUGAGGGAUGGACCACCGGAGGAGCCACUGUCAUCAUAAUCGGGGACAACUUCUUUGACGGCCUACAAGUCGUGUUCGGCACAAUGCUCGUAUGGAGUGAGCUGAUAACUCCCCACGCUAUUCGGGUGCAGACUCCACCCCGACACAUCCCCGGCGUGGUGGAAGUCACGCUGUCCUACAAGUCCAAGCAGUUCUGCAAAGGUGCCCCUGGGAGAUUCGUCUACACUGCCCUUAAUGAGCCCACCAUCGACUACGGCUUCCAGAGACUGCAGAAGGUCAUCCCCAGACACCCCGGCGACCCGGAGAGGUUACCAAAGGAGGUGUUGCUCAAGAGGGCAGCAGAUCUGGUAGAAGCCUUGUACGGAAUGCCCCACAACAAUCAGGAGAUCAUUCUGAAGAGGGCAGCUGACAUCGCGGAGGCCCUGUACAGCGUUCCACGCAACCACAACCAGAUCCCCUCACUCGCGAACACAGCCUCCCACGGAAUGAUGGGAGUCAACUCCUUCAGCAGCCAGCUAGCAGUCAAUGUGUCUGAGUCACAAGGGAAUGACCAAGUGGGCUACAGUCGGAACACCAGCAGUGUGUCCCCCCGGGGCUACAUCUCCAGCAGCACCCCGCAGCAAUCCAGCUACAACUCCGUCAGCAACAGCAUGAAUGGCUAUGGCAAUGCCGGCAUGAACCUGGGAGUGCCAAGCUCCCCAGGGUUCCUCAACGGAUCCUCUGCCAACUCCCCAUAUGGAAUUAAACAAAAGAGCGCCUUCGCCCCUGUGGUCCGACCCCAGGCCUCCCCACCCCCCUCCUGCACCAGCGCCAACGGCAACGGACUGCAAGCCAUGUCCGGCCUGGUUGUCCCUCCAAUGUAA